UCCAUUAUUAUUUUGUUGGUGGUGUUUGAUAUCCUGUGCUUGUCAGCUUUUCUAAACCGACUUUAUCCGGGAUGGGAACUGUUUUUCAGCCAUUUGUCCGCGUGCUUUUAAACUAGCUAGAUACUGUAUACGUCCACUGCUGUGUUGUGGAUGUUGAGCUAUGGGAUCAGAGUCAGUGAAGGUGGUUGUGAGGUGCAGGCCCCUGAAUGACCGGGAGAAGGCUCUCGGCUCUAACACGGUUCUCUCCAUCGACCCGCACCACUGCCAGUGCUUCAUAGAAAAGCCCGGGGCAGUGGAUGAGCCGCCCAAACAGUUCACCUUUGAUGGGACCUAUUUCAUUGAUCAAACCACUGAGCAGAUGUACAACGAGAUUGCCUAUCCUUUGGUUGAGGGUGUCACUGAGGGAUACAAUGGCACAAUCUUCGCCUAUGGACAGACUGGAAGUGGGAAGUCUUUCACCAUGCAGGGGGUGUCCGACCCUACAGCCCAGAGGGGGGUCAUCCCACGAGCCUUUGAGCACAUCUUUGAGAGUAUACAGUGUGCAGAAAAUACAAAAUUCCUGGUGAGGGCCUCCUACUUGGAGAUUUACAAUGAAGAAAUCAGAGACCUAUUGGGAAAUGACACCAAACACAGAUUGGAGCUGAAAGAGCAUCCAGAGCGGGGGGUGUAUGUGCGGGACCUCUCCAUGCACACUGUGCACAGUGUGGGUGAGUGUGAGAGAAUCAUAGUGCAAGGCUGGGGGAACAGGGCAGUGGGCUUCACGCUGAUGAACAAGGACUCCUCUCGCUCACACUCCAUCUUCACCAUCCACCUGGAGAUCUGCAACACUGAUGCAGAAGGCCAGGAUCAUCUACGAGCAGGUAAACUUAACCUGGUUGACCUGGCGGGAAGUGAGCGUCAGUCUAAAACCGGUGCUACAGGUGAGCGGCUCCGCGAGGCCACCAAGAUCAACCUGUCCCUCUCGGCGCUGGGUAACGUCAUCUCUGCGCUGGUGGACGGACGCUCCAAACACGUCCCCUACCGAGACUCCAAGCUGACCAGGCUGCUGCAGGACUCUCUGGGAGGAAACACGCGCACAUUAAUGAUCGCCUGUCUGUCCCCCUCGGAUAACAACUACGAGGAAACCCUGAGCACACUGCGCUAUGCCAACCGGGCCAAGAGCAUCCAGAACAGGCCUCGUAUCAAUGAGGACCCCAAAGAUGCUCUGCUGCGGGAGUAUCAGGAGGAGAUCAAGAAGUUGCGGGCCCUUAUCUCAGGUCAGAUGGGCACCACUAACCUAUCAUCUCUGCUCUCUGGUCACUUUUCUGAGGAACCCCCUGCUGCUCUUUCAAGGCCACAGUCCAGCACCACAGAAGUAGAGAAGGAGAAGAUUAAAGAGGAGUACGAAGAGAGGCUGGCCAAGUUGCAGGCUGAGUACAAUGCAGAGCUGGAAUCCAAAGCAAAGCUGCAGGAGGACAUCGCUGCCCUGCGUUCCUCCUAUGAUUCCAAACUGUCCAAUCUGGAGAAGGCUCGAGCCAGCAGGGGGAGCUCUGGCCCCAAGAAUGAAAACAGAAAAUCUUCUUCCCAAGAACCAGCAUCAGUAAGUGCUAGCUGUAUGACAGAGGUCUCAGAAGAAGAGGGCUCCAGCCACACUGAUCCCGUUUGCCACAAAACAACUGGAGUAACUUCCCAGACAAAGCCUGCUGUACCGGCAGUCGGUGUCCCAGAAGGUCCAGACAGAGACGGGCUCAAAGACGCUCCUGAUGUCACUGCAGGGCCUCUGGACCAGCAACAUGUCCUGGAGAGACUGCAGCAACUGGAACAGGAGGUGGUGGGAGGAGAGCAGGCCAGGAACAAAGACUUGCAGCUGAGACACAGGCAGAGGAAGAACCUGGCUGACCAGAGAAAAGUCCAUCUUAUCAGCGCCUUGUCAAAGAACAUUGAGGACAGUGAACAUGUGCUGUUAAAUGUCUACAACUCCAUCCAGGAGGAAGUCCACGCCAAAAGCCAAAUGCUGGUCAAGGUCCAGGGAAAGCUGAAAGGAGCCAGACUGGAGAUCCGGGACCUGCAGGCGGAGUUCGAGGUGGAGCGGGAUGACUACCUGGCAACCAUCCGGCGGCUGGAGAGGGAGGGCUUGCUACUGCACAGCCUGCUGGAGCGCAUGGUGCCGCUGGUGCGCCGCGACUGCAACUACAGCAACCUGGACCGCCUGAAGAAGGAAGCUGUGUGGGAGGAGGACAGCGCCACCUGGAGGCUGCCGGAGGUGACGGUGCAGAAAACAACACUGCCUUCAGCAGGGGCUCCGAAGGUUUCAGCUGGCAGAGGUCCAGCUGCUGAUACUGGAGAGCCCUUCAUGCAGAUGGAGGAGGACAGGUACAAGGAGAUGCUGGCCCGCAGUGACAGUGAGAACAUCGCCAACAGCUACUUCAAAUCAAAGAGAGCGAGCCAACUGCUGGGACGUGAAGCUACCAAGGGACACGCGGUCCACUCUCCCCCCCCGGCUAACGGGUCGGCCCACCUCACAGUGAGCGGCUCCACCAUGAGCUCCCCUGUGGGCUCAGACCCUGUGUUCCCGCGCCCCUUCCGCCUGGAGUCUCUGGGAGUCCCUGUGCCCAAUGGUAGAGUGAAACGCAAGAAAAGUAAAUCCUACAUCCAUAACGAGGGGAUUUAAAAUAACAUCCCUUAGGUACUUAAAUACUUAAACACAUCUCACUGUCAUCUGUUUUUUUUAAUAUAUACCCUGUUAUUGGUCACAUACAUUAUACAUUUUAUUAUUUGAAGUCUAAUGCCCACCAGAAUGCACACAGCCAACACUUUUUAUGGACACUUUAAAUUCAGUUGUCAUGUGUUUCGAAAAUAUUUUCAAUUGUUAUUUUGAGAAAAAAAUACUACCUACAUUCUGAAAAUACUGUUGAAUUUUUUGCACUGUACCUAAACUGUGAAACUCUAGCUACCAUAAUAUUUCAUUUAUAUUGUAUUUUGCUAUUGCUGAUUGUAAACUACAAUUAAACCUGUUCGUUAUCUAACUUCCAACAUC